AUUCAGGCAAUGAUAUAAACUGGGGAAUUGAAAUACACUAUCUACUCCGGUUUGUUGGGUUAUCAAUCACACACCAUGACUAUCAGACCGUGUAUCACAUUCGAGGCCGUCGAGCCACCAAGCCCGCCCCUGGACGAGCGCUCGUGGGUGUGGGUUCCUCGGCAUCAGGAAGAAGAGAGAAGAGAAUCUGAGUCAACGCCCCCAAAACGACGAGCGUUGCUGCUACCAUCCUCGGUAGACACUUAUAUCAAUGUCACGCAAGGAAUGGCCAAAGCGACAUUAACCCAGACCUUCUGCAACGAUGCCCCAGACAGUAUCGACAAGGCAAUAUACCAGUUCCCCAUGCCGUUCGAGUCGAGUGUUGUUGACUUCACAUGCCAGAUUGGAGAGAAAAAGUCUCUGCAGGGGCAGGUGAAGCCGAAACCAGAGGCGAGAGAGGAGUUUGAGAAUGCAGUGAGCACCGGUCGCGUUGCUGGUCUUGUCGAGCAGGACAGAGUGGAUGUGUUCAGGACGGAGAUUGGCAAUAUACCGGCAAAUACGACGGUGCAGGUUAAAUUGUCGUUUAUCUUCUUUCUCAAAUAUACCCUAGCCGAUGAUGUGACGACGACUGUUUUGACUAUUCCGACGUAUAUUGCUCCUCGAUAUGGGGACCCAGGGUUUGAACUGGUCAGCAAGACCGGACCACAGCAUAACACUCGAUUCUCUCUGGGUGUUGAUAUCUUGAGCUCUACCGAGAUACGAAGAAUCCACAGCGACACCCAUGAGGUGAUUGUUAAGAUAGGAGGGGGCCAGAGACUCCAACACUGGGCAGAUUCUACAUCUGAAAGAACUUCUGCCUCUGUGAAGCUCAAAGACACAGCAUGUCUAGACAAAGACUUUAUUCUUUCCAUCUCUGCCCAUCCAGCAGUCGACGACGAACAGCCCCAGGCUACUCUCGAGAUAUCCCCCAGCGGAUCAUCAGCAAUGAUGCUCGAGAUCCCACCCCGAUUCAUGCUGCGAGACCAGCAGCCUAUGAAGGAGGAGAGAGAAAUCAUAUUCCUGGCCGACCGGUCAUUAUCCAUGGGUGAUCGCAAGAUAGCCGGACUGAAAUCGUCUCUUGAGUUCUUCCUCCACGGACUUCCUGACUCAUUAUUUAAUCUUUACUGUUUCGGGGACGAGUAUACCUCUCUGUGGCCAGAGUCUAGAAAGUACAGCGACGAGACUCUAGCCAAAGCAUUGAAAUAUGUCUCCAAGUUCAAGGGCGAUAUGGGAUGUACAGAACUCCUACCAGCUCUGGAGGCCGUAGUUUCUGCGCGGAAUAAAACGGCCGCUAAUAUGGAUGUUAUUGUUCUCACCGACGGCGAGGUCUGGCCCUUGGAGGACACGGUUGAUUUCGUGCGCAAAACACGCGCAGAGUCCGGGGACGCUGUUCGGUUCUUUACCAUCGGGAUCGGGGACGCGGUCUCGCAUGAACUUGUUGAAGGCAUCGCGGGGGAAGGUGGUGGCUAUGCUGAGAUCAUUCCUCUCGCGGAUAGUUACGCCUGGGAUGAACGCAUGGUUGCAGUGCUGAAGGCUGCUAUGACUGGGCAUGUUGGUGCGGUUGAUAUCGAGAUAGAUGGCAGCACUAUUGAAGCCAAAGAUGAAACAGGAACUACGCCUACUGUUCAGAUAUCCCCCGGGGACCUGUCGACUAUAAGCCCCUUCAUCCGCAAUCGAAUCUACAUACUGUCUGAGAACGAGAACCAGAUCAACGCCGAGUCCGUGGUGAAGAUAAAGAGAAAAUCCAACGGCCAGGAGACGAUCACAACCAUUCCACUCCACGUCCUGCAGGAGCCCGAUUCCACACUCCACCAGUUCGCGGCCGGCGCCGUCCUCCGCGAUCUCAACAAUCGACAAAGCUGGAUCCAACGAGACAACCGUAUCCCCAGAGACUCUAGCGAAGAGAAAGAGUUGACCCGAGCAGAGGGAGAACGCCUCGGCUGUAAAUACUCCCUGCUCUCUCAAUGGACGAGCUUCGUGGCCGUGGAGAGCAAUAAAGACGAUAGCGAGCCAUCAGAAAAGCAAGAGUACGCUACGGAGAUCAGAAACCACGACAAGGAUUUGAAGGAGUUGCUCAUCCAUCAUUCCCAGCUGCAGGGGGUAGUUCAUAUAGUAGACCAUCCUAUUGACUCAAAUUAUCACACGCACGGUAUUUCUUUGCCUUUCCCUUUGGCUUUGUGGAGGGCAGCCAAAGCUGGCUGGACAUCCUUAAGUAACCAAUACCUGACGGGCCUCAAAACGAAAUCGCAAACCGAGCUGGAGGAGUCAUUUAUUCGCCGCGUGCUGAAGUUCCAAAAGUCCGCCGGCGUGUUCGAUGUACCCAAGAAGGAUGCUCCGAAAUAUCUGGGGGCUGAGGUACAUGGGACUGUGAAAGAACUGCUUGACAAAGGUGUCCAGUGGGAUCUUGCUGUGACGACUGCUAUCGUUGUCUGGUUGGAGGUGAAGUACCCUGAAGAGCGAAUGCUGUGGGUGCGAAUGGUGGAGAAAGCAAGAGACUAUAUCCAGCCGCAUCUUGGGAAGCUUGGAGACGGUGAGCAGUCUAUGUUGGCUAUUGCUGAGAAGAUGGCUAGAGAUGCCAAAGACCCAAGGAAAGAGGCGGGCAAUAAUAAGGAAGAGUAA